AUGGGCGCCUACCUUUCCCAGCCCAACACGGUGAAGUGCUCCGGGGACGGGGCCGGCGCGCCGCGCCUGCCGCUGCCCUACGGCUUCUCCGCCAUGCAGGGCUGGCGAGUCUCCAUGGAGGAUGCUCACAAUUGUAUUCCUGAGCUGGACAGUGAGACUGCUAUGUUUUCUGUCUAUGAUGGACACGGAGGGGAGGAAGUUGCCUUGUAUUGUGCCAAAUAUCUUCCUGAUAUCAUCAAAGAUCAGAAGGCUUACAAAGAAGGCAAGCUACAGAAGGCUUUGGAAGAUGCCUUCUUGGCUAUUGAUGCCAAACUGACCACUGAGGAAGUCAUUAAGGAGCUGGCACAGAUUGCAGGGCGACCCACUGAGGAUGAAGAUGAAAAAGAAAAAGUAGCUGAUGAAGAUGAUGUGGACAAUGAGGAGGCUGCACUGCUGCAUGAAGAGGCUACCAUGACUAUUGAAGAGCUGCUGACACGCUACGGGCAGAACUGUCACAAGGGUGCUCCCCACAGCAAAUCUGGAGCUGGGACAGGCGAGGAACCAGGGUCCCAGGGCCUCAAUGGGGAGGCAGGAUCUGAGGACCCAUCUAGGGAAUCUUCUUCAGAGGAAAAUGGUCCCACAGCCAAGGUCCACACAGGCCUUUCCUCCAACUCGGAACGUACAGAGGCAGGCCAAGGUGGUGAGCCUGGCAUUCCCACUGGUGAGGCUGGGCCUUCCUGCUCUUCAGCCUCCGACAAGCUGCCUCGAGUUGCUAAGUCCAAGUUCUUUGAGGACAGUGAGGAUGAGUCAGAUGAGGCGGAGGAGGAAGAGGAAGACAGCGAGGAAUGCAGUGAGGAAGAGGAUGGCUACAGCAGUGAAGAGGCAGAGAAUGAAGAAGAUGAGGAUGACACCGAGGAGGCUGAAGAGGAUGAGGAAGAAGAGGAGGAGAUGAUGGUCCCUGGGAUGGAAGGCAAAGAGGAGCCUGGCUCUGACAGUGGUACAACAGCUGUAGUGGCUCUGAUACGAGGGAAGCAGUUGAUUGUAGCCAAUGCAGGAGACUCUCGCUGUGUGGUGUCUGAGGCUGGCAAAGCUUUAGACAUGUCCUAUGACCACAAGCCGGAGGAUGAAGUGGAGCUAGCACGCAUCAAGAAUGCUGGUGGCAAGGUUACCAUGGAUGGUCGAGUCAACGGGGGCCUCAACCUCUCCAGGGCCAUUGGAGAUCACUUCUAUAAGAGAAACAAGAACUUGCCACCUGAGGAACAGAUGAUAUCAGCCCUUCCUGACAUCAAGAUGUUGACUCUCACAGAUGACCAUGAAUUCAUGGUCAUUGCCUGUGAUGGCAUCUGGAAUGUGAUGAGCAGCCAGGAAGUUAUAGACUUUAUUCAGUCAAAGAUUAGCCAGCGUGAUGAAAAUGGGGAGCUUCGGUUAUUGUCAUCCAUCGUGGAAGAGCUGCUGGACCAGUGCCUGGCACCGGACACUUCUGGGGAUGGAACAGGGUGUGACAACAUGACCUGCAUCAUCAUCUGCUUCAAGCCCCGAAGCACAGCAGAGGUUCAGCCGGAGAGCGGCAAGCGGAAACUGGAGGAGGCGCUUUCUACUGAGGAGGCGGAAGAGAAUGGCAACAGUGACAAUAAGAAGAAGGCCAAGCGGGACUAG